CUAAAUAGAGAUGGACAAAGUGACAUGCAGAACUUAUGCCGAGUAUUAUGUUAUGUUGGGGAAGCUGAGCUGUUUUGCUUCCAAAACCUCAUAUGUUUCCCAAGAUGGUUUGAAGAGUGUUUACUUAUUGACACCCCCACUGAUAUUUUCUCAAGCCAGUUAGAAUUUAGGAUUCUGCUUUAUGUUUUUGUAAUAAUCAGAAAAGAAUGUAAAACAUUGCAUUAUACAGUCAGCCCUACACAUUCACUGGGGUUAUAGCAGGUAUGGGCAAACUGUGGCUCUCCAAGUGUUUUGGACUUCAACUCCCAUAAUUCCUAACAGCCGGUAGGAAUGGGUUAGAAGCACAGGACCCUUGUGAAUGUGUAAAAUCAUGAAUAGAGAUUUUUUUUAACCUGAAAGAGCACCUCUCUAUGAAUUUCUAGAUCUUCCAGUAUGACCCCACGGUCAAUAUCCUCUGGAAGCCGCCCAUAGAAUAGCAUUGGAAUUCUCUGUAGAUCUUUUGGCAUUGUUCACCAUAGAGUCACACUGGAGGAAUUCCUAGUGAGAAUAUUUUAAAUCGAAUCCACAAAAGUCAAAAUGCGGAUGUGGAGGGAUGGCUAUAGUUUCUUCAUACAAUCAUAGAACAAAAAGGGGGCUUGAUUGGGAAGGUUUUAAUUAUUUCUUAGUUAUUUUAAUACCUGGCCUUUUUCCACUGUACAAAUUUUGCUGUAUCUAAUAAGGUACUAAUAUGUCAUUUCUGUAAGAGAAGUAUGAAGAUUCACUUUCUUUUAUUGCAUCUCAUACAUUAUGACUUCUUCACAACUCUAUAAUUUUAAACUGUCAACUAUAGGUGGUGGUAUGAAAAUACUAUUAGUAGCAAAAUACAUUAUGUUGAAAGAAUCAUUUCUUUCCCCCCAAACGGCCCAUUACUUACAGAUAUUCAGUAUAAUGCAAAGAUAAUAAAACUGUUACUCCUUCUUGUCAUAAUUGUCUGUCAUAAUUUGUUUAAACUUACUUUCUAUGUAAUUUAUUUCAUUGGUGAAUAAUUAGAUAAUUAGAUUUUGGUAAUUUAAAUAGUUUUCUCUCAAACUUGUAAAUUCAUAAACUUUAAGGAAAAAACUUUGAUAGAUUUGGAAUGAAAUUAGGAAAAUAGUAACGUUUAUUAUGUAUUUAUUUAUAAACGUUUCUUUUUUAGUAGAUAUGACAGUAGAAUGAUACAUUGAGCAGUAGCUUCUCCUUUUUUUCAGCUCAUUCCAAAGGGUUGAUUCUACAUGUGGGUUUGUUAACUGCCAUAAAGUCAACCACACAAACGAGAGAUCUCAGUUACCCUGUCCUCAAUAGCCCUCUCAGCUCUUGUAAAUUCAGAGCCGUGGUUUCCUUGAUUGAGUCUCCAUCUGGAAUGCGAUUUACCACUUUCCUAUUGCAUUCUACUCUGCCAAACAUUAUUCUCUUUUCUAGCGAUAUAAGAUCAGCCCCCUCUCUCCUAGCCUUCAGAAGGAAAGUGAAGUCCUGGCUUUGGGAUCAAACCUUUAGAUAAGAAUGUAGUGCAAUAAGAGAUGUACAACUUGUGCAAUGACCUUGCAACAGCUUUAGACUAUGACCUGUGGAUGGUGUGAUUUUAAUUAAUUAUCAGGUUUUUAAUGCUGUUGUAUGAAUUUUAAAUUUUGCUUUAUUUUAUAUGUAUGUCCGAUAUGUGUAUUUGUAGGCAUUGAAUAAGUGCCUAUGUAAGCCACCUUGAGUCCCCUCUGGGGUGAGAAAGGCAGGGUACAAAUGGGGUAAAAUAAUAAUAAUAGUGAGUCAUCUCUUCUCAUGAUGCACCUAAAGUAAAACAGUCCCAGUUUAGUCAUCUUGGCUUCUAGAGAAGGUUUAGGGAUGAUUUGCUUUAGGCCUGUUUGUCUUUAGUUCAGUCCACAGUAUUUAUAGACCUCUUCCCCAACAACACAUUUCAAAUAAAUUGAUUUUGUUCCUAUCAGAUUUCUUCUUUGUGGUGUCAGUGAAAUCGCACAUAUGGGAAAGGCGGGAUAGCAAUGACAUAAAUAAAUGACAUACGGUAGCUUUCACACCAUGUGUAGAAAUGGGAAAUACGAUGGUAUGGACAACCCUAACUUUAAUAUUCAGUGAUAUAUUUUGACACUCCAGGAUCUUUUCUUGUUCCUUCAUAGCUGCCCUUUCAAGUCUUAGUCUUCCUCUGAUUUCUUGACUUCAGUCUCCAUUCUGAUUAAUGACUGAGCCAAGAUAUGGAAAAUCUUGAUUUCAAUUUUUCAUUGUAUGUUUGAAAGUUAUGUAAAUAAGCUGUGAUAAUUGUUUUUGUUUUCUUAAUGUUAAACUCUAAACUUGCUGAUGCACAUUGUUCCUUGACUUUCUUCAGUAAUGGUUGUAAAUCAUAGCUAAUUUCUGCUAGUAGUAUUCUGUCAUCUGCAUAUCUUCAAUACAUUUUGUUGCUUCCUUCCUCUGAGUCUAACCCUACUUUACAAGUAACAUGUUCAGCCUACAGGUUUAACAGAUAGGUUGAUAAAAUGCAACUUUGCCUGACCUUCUGUAUUCUAUCCAAACAGUAGCAUCUUGUCCUGAGUACAGGAUAUACAUUAUCAUAAUUACAUUUUAUCAUAUUAAAAUCUUUGACAAUCAAUUAAGUUUUAGUUUAUUAUCAUUUUUCUGCUGGACUCCAGCAUAGAAACUUUCAGUUUCCUCUUUGCCUACCUCUGUAGUUGGAACAUACAUUUGGAUUUAGGUAUCUUGAUGGCUUUUUCCUAAAGUCUUACGACAUAAUUCAGUCAGAUUUUGCAUUAUAGCCUUUGACUGUUUUUUUUACAUGUCUGCUCACUAUGAAUGUCACCUCACUUCUUCUUAGAUGUUCAUUUCCUGACAAAGCUCUGUGUAAUGAUCUGACUUAAAAUAUUCAAUUCCUGUUCACUUAAGCUUUUUCACUCCCAAUAAUUGAUUGCACUGUUCUUAUGUUCAAUUUCUUAUUUUACUAUGUUUACCUUCCCUUAAUUCAUGCUUCUCGCAUUCCAUUCUGUAAUAUGUGUUGGGCAGUUUCGGAUUUUAUUUUAAUAUCUGAACACAUGGGCAGCUGAACAUCCUUUCGGCUUGAGUUCAGUUGCGUCAUGCCCCAGUGAUCAUCGUAAUUGUCCCCUGCUGUAUCCCCCUUACCUCAUUGAGAGCCAUCUGACCUGAGUUUCAUCCUCUAGCACUGCCUCUUGUUUCUUUUUGAAUCAUGGUUUUUAUGAUAAAAGAUCUUCAAAAGGAGACUUACUAUUCCCCCCCACUUUGUAUUAACAAGACUUAGCUAUGGUGCCACUGCCAUUGUGUGUGAGAGAUCCACUGCCAUUGUCAGUUUCCUCUGCAGUUGUUGCCCAGUAGCUAUUUGGCACAUUUAUCUGGCUCCUCUGCAAAAGCCUGUGUAACAGCCAUCAGCAUUGCCUCCUGCCUCACAGGAACACGCAGCCCACCAACACAGAAAGGUUGGCCAUUCAUGGGGUAGACUGGUUUUCCCAAAAUGUGUGGUUUUAUCUUCAGUGUUUUUAGAUUGCACAAUGCACAUGUACACACAAGUAUGUGGCUAUAUAUAAACACUCAAAUUAGAUGUACUUAGUUCUUAUGUUGAUCAUGAAUAUGUAUCUUGCAAAAAUGGGAAUUUUCAUAUAUCAAUAUAUACAUAUUUUCUUGAAAGACAUUUUUGAAGUACUCAUUCAAAACAGUUUCAUUUCCUAUGGUGAUGCCCAGUUGUGUUGGCAAGUGCGACCUAAGGAUGAUAUAGUGGCCCUCUUAUGAACUCUUCAGUAUAAAAAGUAUAUAUGCCUUUUGCAACAAUUGAUUUGGGCUUAUGUUUAGUCUUAGCUAAGAAACAAAGAGAGGCACUGCAUUGGGUGGGCAAGGGGGAAAUCUAUAAAAUAUAGAUUUUUCUGCUUUAAGCCAAAGCAGAAACUUCCAGUGUCUUUACUACUUUACCUGUAUGGCUGAUUGAAUAUUCAUAAAUCCAAAACGUGUGUUUAGCCACUUUUAUACCUAAAAUCAGUAUUUUUGUCUAUUCCUCUUUGGUAGGCUUGACAAGUAUACAUUGUUGGAUACAAUAUUGAAAUAAUGUAUCUUGGGUUUUACAUAUAUUGUCAUUUUCCCUCCCCAAAAACGAGUAAGGGAACUGUGCACCUCAGCUAAAGUAGGAAAAGGAUAUAGACAUACUUUAUGUAUAUUUUAAAUGGUAUUCAAAGUGCCUUUCAAACAAAGGCAGCUCAGAAAGAAUAAAAAAAAAGAAAUUUCAAUAUUAAAUAUAAUGAAAAAUAUGAGAAGAGUAAAUUUUCCAGAUAUAUAUUUUAGGAAUUUCCUGAUAGCUUUUUUUGGCUCUUUUUGAAGCUUAAUUCCAUUUUAGCACUCAUUGAAUGGCAAUCCCCACUGAUGAGUUUUUAAGUGUAUUUAAACAAGAAGUUGUGUAAAGAAGAUGUGCAAGAGCUUACAAAACUGAUUGAACUAUGAUUCUGCACAAGUACUUGUGCAGUAAAACUCAACAGAGUAUACUGAAUACUGAUUACCACCUUUGUGCCAACUCUUGAAAUGUAGAUGUGCUACCUUAAUGGGAAAAAUAACAUAAUAGGAUACAGGCUUAAAUACCCGGUAGAUUUCAUUUGGGAAUCAGUGUGGAUCUGAUGAUUAUUCUCAAUUCAAAGUGAGAUGAGCUACUUGUCCGGUGGGGGCGGGGUAACAUAUAUCAUUUGCUCUUCAAAGCAAAAACUGUCUAGUUGUCCUGCUGUUAUGUUGAUAUUUAUCAGAUUUGAAAAUACCAAAAGGAAAAAAUAGCCUAAUUAUGUGGGGUUAAACAUGCUCCACAUUCUCCUUUAUAGAACAAAUGCAACAAGUGAGUGUUGUUAAAAUGCUAGGGGUGAUGUCAGUUUGGUUCUGUUGCUAUUACUGUUUUGUAUGUAAAAUUGAAGUUGUUAUUGGAUAAAGAAAAUGCUAGUGAUGGUAAUAUGAGAAACAAGCGAAUUGUGCUUAGUCAGCCUAGUUCCUUUCUCUUUCUAAAAUAAAUGAUUUAGUUGCAAAGGGGUACCAUCAACAGACUAUAUCUCUCUUUCAGCAAGACUUUGACUUAAUCAUAUACGACAUCCUCCUAAAUAAACUUGAAAAAUAUGGACUGAAAAGGACAUAAUGGGGAUACAGUUGCUUGAAAUACUGCAAAUGAAAGGAAAUACUUAUAAAGUGCUGAAGUGGAUCUGAAGCUGAACCCAAUCACCCAUGAUCUGUACAAACCAGGGAAGGAGGCUGCACCCGUUCUUGUUUCAGUUACAGACAAGCAGCUAAUGAGCCAAGAUACGGACAAAGCAGCGAAUGAGCCAAGAUAUGGAUGAAGCCUCUUUUGAGAAUUGGACUGCAGCUCUAAACAUCUUAUUCAACUUUUUCUACGAAGAAUUUUUCAUGGAGCUUACAGCAGUAAACCUCUUGAUGACAUAGCCAUGUUGUAUUUUCCUUGGACCUGAAGAAGAAAACAAGUAUCCAUACAAUAUUGUAAUGCUUUUAUUAGAUUACAUAUGUAUCCAAAGCAUAGUCAGCUUCAUUGGCCUGUGCUUCUUUACAGUAUGAUUCUGUAGUGCUGUAUACAUUUGCACAGUAUGUAUUAAUAAAUAAUGAUAUUUAAAACCAGAGCUCUAAAGUCUGUUUUCUCUUGUUUGAAUAACCAUGUUCCUGCCAUUUUGUCUACCCUAGGAAGUGUUGAGGCAUCUCUCUGCCAUUUUGAAGUACUCUCGUUCCUACAUCCCUGCUGUGGGGCCAUAAUGUUAGUUUAUUUCUAUCUGCAACUCAUUUUAGUCCCUUGCAAAGAAAUACAGUGCUGGUUUUCUCCAUGGCUGGGUAGAUAAUUGGAUCAUAAUUUGACAAAGUGGACCACGUUGUUGCCUGCUAAACUGUGGAAUAAAGUCUAUGAAGAUAAAGCAGACCAGAACACACACACACACACCAUUUAUAAAGUCAUCCUCUCAGAAGGCAAAAUGAGUUGUCUAGGCAAAGUCCAGGCAGGGUUCCCCAGCACUUUUCGCAGUAAUGGUUGGAACAGGAGACUUGGGAGGUUUUCAAAGAACGGUGUUGGGAUAAUACAAUACAGAUUAAAUGUAUGCUGUACAUAUGCUAGAGCGGUGAUUUCCAAACUCUGGGGCUCCAGGUGUUUUGAUCUUCAACUCUCAGAGGCUUGAGCUGCCUUGGCCAAUGAUAAGGGAUUCUGGGUGCUCAAAACACACAGAAGAUGCGAGAUUGAGAAACGGCUAGAGUUUCAGCAAAAUGAAAUUCAAAUGAGUUUCUGGACAAUCACUUUAAACAAGCAAAUGCCAGCCUUAGGUUCAGUAAUAAGACUAGAAAGAGAAAUGUUAUCGGCUCACAUGGUAAAAGAUUUCUAAAUGUUAGCCCCACUAACUCCACAUAGGUUCCCAUUGACAUUUAAAUUUUGAACCUGUAAAGGAGGCAUAAUUAAGGCUACUUAGAUUUAAGGCGGCAUCCUUAGUAGUAACCUAUGCAAGAAGGAUAUUGGAGCUAGAAACCCUUUCAGUAACCCUAAAGUGGUGUAAGUUUGAGAAGGAUAAACUGACUGCUGCCAUAGAGCCAGUGUUCAGCCCAAAAUGUAUGAUAAGCAUGGGAAUUAAUCAGGUAAUGCACUUGCCAAAUUUCUGUCCUAGGCCAAAAUAUCCACUUGAAAGGAAAUGGUAGAUAUUAGAUGUGAAAAGAACAGUCAGAUGAAAGAAUAAGUCAUGUUAGACACAGGCAUUAUUAAUUUGCUCCCAUCUGAAGUCCUUAGAAAAACUACAAGGUUCGCUAGUGUUCAUUUUUCCUGUGCUGUGACUUCACAGGUGUCCCCAGACCAGAAAAAACAUGGCCAUAAUCCCAAUGCUUGAUGGCAAUAACUAUGGUAUAUGUUGCAUCAGCAUCUUUGGAUGAUGCAGCAGGGUGGAAGCAUCUGAGAGGCCUUUGGGCAAACUGUGUUAUGAUAGAUUUAUGGCAGCUCCACCCAUCCCAGAUGGGAGACCUUGAAGAAAGUCCAUAAGUGGACUGAUCCAUUGUCCCAUCCGGACAAGAAGAUACUGAUACUUACCGUGACAUUCAUUUUGGGAUGACGGGAGGAACAACCAACUUAUGUGACUGCAGAAUAAUAACAAAAAAUUAAAAUGUAGUAUGUAGUAAUUUAGGAAAUAGCUAAUUAGCAGAAAAGGCUUUACAACAAAAUUGACAGUGAAGGGAGGGGUUCAGUGAUUACAAUAAAAGAACAACACUGGACCGUGACCUCUGCAUCAUCAGUUGGAACAUGGGGCACAAUCUGUAAGUGAAGUGCUCAUAUCCAAGAGAAAAGAAGGCUGAAGGGACAUUUAGAGCCAUGUUUAAAUAGUUGAAAGGAUGUCACAUUGAAGGAGGGGCAAGCUUGUUUUCUGCUACUCUGGAGACUAGGGCAUGGAGCAGUGGAUUCAAACUGCGAGAAAAAAGAUUCCACUUAAAUGUUAGGAAUGACAUUGUAUUGAAUGUUCUGACAAUAUGAGCUGUUGGCAGUGGAAUAUUCUGCCUCAGAGCGUGGCGACAUCUUUGAAGAUUUUUAAAUAAAGGCUGGAUGGCCAUCUGUUAGGGGUGCUUUGACUGUGUUCCUGCAUGACGGGGUCGGACUGGGGGGCUUUUGUAGUCUCUUCCAAUGAUUCUGUGAUUCCAAGAAUGAACCUUAAUAGUAAGCAUCAAUCUCUCAGUUUCCCAAUAAUUGUCCCCCCCUGGAUUCAACAUAUACAGCCACUUCUGUAAUGGUCUGCUUGCACUAACAUACUGUCCAACAAGAUUUCAGUAGUCAAUUACAGCUGCUGCCUUUGACAAGCAAGUGCUCUAGACUUGGGUUUGUUCCAGUUCUCUCACGUGGUCUCUGUGAAAACCGCACAUGUGGUAGUUAGUUGCACGUGUGCAGCUAGUUCGGAACCUUUAACAGCUGUUUUCAAUUAGAGGGCUAUGGCCCCGCCUCUCCUCCCCAGAGGGUAUAUAUAUGGCUUGUGUGGCCAUAGCCGCAGUUCCUUUUUUUUCCGCCGUGUAAGCAGCAGUCUAUAGGAACCUCCUGUAACUCCCUUUCCUUCCCUUACUUACCUCGUUCUCCUUCUGCCAAACAUGGCGACCCCAGUUUUCAAAAAAUGCCUGUCGUGUGGAGGAAAGCUCCCGGAUACCGACAGGCACGACAAAUGCCUUCUUUGCCUAGGAGAGGCUCACUCCACAGCCUCUUGCUCUGCCUGCCGGGCCUUCACACCCCAGGCGCGGAAAAAUAGAGAAACAAGAUUUAAAGCGCUCCUUUAUGAGCGAGCGCUCCUCCCUCCUCAGGCAGCUCAAGCAAACCCCUCGGCACCUCCAACGCCAGGACGCUCUCUUUGUCUCCCGCCUCCGUCUCUCCCUCCAACGCCGUCAGCGGCAGCUAAACGCAGCCGUUCCUCCUCCACAACCAGGGAGCAUGCUGGCGGGGAAAAGGAGAAGGAGAAGAAGAAAAAGCGAAAGAAGCAUCGCUCCGCCUCCUCCAGCCAGUCUCUCUCUCUCUCAUUUUUCACCGCUCUCCUGCUCAGCGCCUCCUUUCACCAAAGGCUGCCUCCUAUUCUCAUGACCUCUUCCAAUCUCCUCCUCGUUGCUCUACAUGGAGUGAACCACCUAUGCACAGUGCACUCCCUCCACUACAUGAAGACCUUAUUCACCGGUCUCCUGGUGGUAGAGAAUAUUUUUUUGGCCCAGUCGCAGCCUUUAAUCGAGCUCAACCACCCUUGCUAUCUCCACAAGACGCCCCACCCAUGACACAACCUCCAUACCAACAUGAAGAGCCACCACAAUACCUCUCUGCCUCUGACUCAGAAUCUUACAUAUCUGAGGGCAACCAAGCGGGGCCACCACCGCCAGACCCCGCACCACCCGAAGAAAUGUUAACAUUUUCAGCCCUUAUCACGAGACUCUCGCGGGCCUUAGCAUUACCAAUACCCAACCCACAGAAGCCUAUAGAACAAACUCCAACCUCCUUUGGUUCUUCCUCCUUUACCAUACCUCCUACAACUGGCCAGAACCCCAGAUACCCCUCCUUUUGCUGUCCCACCGGUUUCAAGGAGAUGCGACAGCCUCUAUAGGAUUGACCUUACCUCCACCCUUUGGGCAGCAAGACCACCUAAGCCCAAUUCUUUAGCAAUAAAGGUCACUCACGGUAGACGCUCCUCCAAGUCAUGCCCUACCCCAGCUGACAAGGAAGGCAGGAAACUGGAGGGAUUGGGCAAAAAGGUUCACCUCACCGCUGGGUUCGUGACUAGGCUUGCUCACUAUGGGGCCUAUAUGGCUUCCUACCAAGAUUACUUAUGGAAGAAGGUCGGUCCAUACCUCGACAUGCUACCUCCGCAACACCGCUCCUUUGCUACAGCAUGCCACCAUGAAGCCCUUGCCCUUGCAAGAGCCCAAAGGAGAUGGCGAAACAUACAGCGGAUACCGCAGGUCGCAUGUUUGCAACGGCGACAGCUAUUCGUAGACAUGCAUGGCUUCGAGCUUCCACACUCUCCGAGGAGGGCAGAGAUACUGCGGAGAGUUUACCAGUCCAUGAUGAUGCCCUGUUCCACCUGGACACUGAUGGCCAAUUAAAGAGUACUCAGGAGAUGAAAAAGACAACUCAUAGCUACGGCUUUACUUCUUCUGGUAACUACCCUCCCAGGAAUAGAUGGACCCCAUACUCAUCUUACCAGCGCAGGCCCUAUGGUUCCAAUACCAGACAACUGCCGCAACCAUCCCAACCCCCCCCCUUCGAGACAGCCAGCAUCUACUCGCUCUCGCCAACAGGGCAGGGGACGGUACCAACCUAAAUCACGGGGUCGUUUUUAACAAACCUUCCCCCUGUUCACCUCCAAACCCAUUUCCCCUCACUGAGUUAAGGGCACACAUUCACCACCCUGUUACUCCUUCCUCCACUGAUCACCAGCCUCCUGUUUAUUUUGGUUCACGUUUAGCACACUUCGCACAUCAAUGGCACCAUAUUACCACAGAUAAGUGGGUGCUUAAUGUAGUAUCACAUGGUUAUGUUAUUGAAUUUCACACACAGCCAAGGACAGGCUACAUCAGAUCCACAACCCCAUCCCCUGUCCUUUGCCAGGAGAUUAGUACCCUGCUCGAAAAAGGGGCAAUUGUACCCUUACACCCUUCCUUUUUUCCAUUUUCAUUUUUUUCUCGUUAUUUCUUGAUCCCAAAAAAAGAUGGAGGCCAAUGCCCAGUCCUUGAUUUGCGACCCCUUAAUUUUUAUAUCACUUCUCGGAAAUUUAGAAUGAUGACAAUAACCACAAUUUUACCCCUAAUACCGAAAGGCGCCUGGUUUGCUACCCUGGAUUUACGGGAUGCAUACUUUCAUGUGGCUAUAGCUCCAGAACACCACAGGUACCUUGCUUUCAUGGUCGGUGACCAAGCUUUUUGUUUUCGUGUUUUACCUUUCGGUAUUUCUACAGCCCCCCGUGUUUUUACUAAAUGCAUGGCGGCAGUAGUAGCCCACCUCCGCCUGCAAGGAGUCACUCUUUACCCCUACCUGGAUGACUGGCUUCUAAUUGGGAGGUCACGACAAUCCCUCCUUCACAAUGUUGACACUACCCUUUCCAGCCUCCAGAAUCUAGGACUCGUAGUCAACUUCAAGAAAUCCCACCUUCAGCCAACUCAACAGAUCCGUUUUAUCGGCACGUUACUAGACUCCACCACGUGCACAGUUCAACUCCCAGAAGACCGUUUUCGUGCUCUACGCACAUCUCUCCUCCUCAUUCUUCACCGCCCUUUCUCUUCAGCCAAGGACAUACAAACCAUUCUAGGCCACAUGGCCUCCACAACGGCGGUCACUCCAUAUGCCCGCCUAAGGAUGCGUCCGCUUCAGGCCUGGUUUAUCAAGACCUUCGACCCUGUAAAGGACUCUCCACACACCAGACUCUCACUCCCAAGUCACGUCCGCCACUCCCUUCAAUGGUGGACUCAUCGCAACAACAUUUGCGUGGGCGUUCCAUUCCGCCCAAGCGACCCAUCCACCACCAUCACAACAGAUGCCUCCCUCACUGGAUGGGGAGCAUUCUCAGGAAACCUUGCAACCCACGGCCAUUGGACCUCUACAGAAAUAACACACCACAUCAAUGUCCUCGAACUCUUGGCUCUCUUCAAGGGCUUGCGGGCGUUUCAGGACAUACUAUCCAAUACUACAGUUCAAGUCUGCACCGACAACACAACGGUGAUGUGGUACAUCAACAAACAAGGAGGUACCCGGUCCAAGACCCUCCUGGACAUCACACUAGCAAUCUGGGACUGGUGCAUCGAUCACAACAUCUUUCUCAUAGCCAUACAUCUACUGGGCCAACAGAACAUCUUGGCCGACCAUCUCAGCAGGGCCACACUAGCUACGCACGAGUGGUCCCUUCAUCUGACCCAAGCUCUACAGCUAUUCAACAAAUGGGGCCAACCUCAAAUCGACCUUUUCGCAUCAUCACUCAACACCAAAUGCCGUCUUUACUGUGCCCGGGCAUCCCCACCAAACCUGACGAACUGUUUGGGCGAUGCUUUCCUCUUCAAUUGGAACGGUCCUUUCCUCUACAUCUUUCCUCCGGUACCUCUUCUAAUCAAGGUGAUUGCCAAAAUAUACAGCGAGAAAGCCAAUUGUAUCCUACUCGCACCUUGGUGGCCCCGCCAACCUUGGUUUCCGCUUCUGUCAACCAUGGCAAAGGGCAACUAUGUCACUCUUCCAUGUCGCCGAGACCUCCUCACAGCCAACCAAGGUCUACGCCACCCAGACAUAGAUCGCCUCCGCCUCACAGCUUGGAGGAUACACGGAGACCUCUCUCUCAAGCAGUAAUGGACAUUAUACAUGCAGCCCAUAGGCUAUCUACCCGACGCUCCUAUGAAUCGAAGUGGCUGAAAUUCUCUUCCUUUGCCCACCUUCAUAGAGCAGACCCAUUAUUAGCACCUACCUCUGUCCUCUUGGAAUACCUCGCCUCCCUCGCAGCCGCUGGCCUCUCACUCUCAUCCAUCCGCUGCUACCUUGCCGCAAUCACCGCAUACAGAAGACGACAUGGUCACUCUUCUUGCUUCCAAGACCCCGUGGUACAGCUUUUUCUGCAAGGCUUCAAAAAUAUCAACCCUCCCCAUGCCCCUCCACCACCAGCAUGGCAUCUUGACCUUGUGCUCUCCGCACUCAUGAAACCGCCUUUCGAGCCAAUGGCAACAGUAGAUCUCUCAUAUGUCACGUGGAAAACAGUCUUUCUCGUAGCUGUAACUUCGGGUCGUAGGGCCAGCGAACUCUGUGCUCUCCGUUCAGAUGAACCAUAUAUCCGCUUUCACCCAGAUAAAAUAGUAAUGAGACUUGAUUUAUCCUUCCUGCCCAAGAGAGCAUCUUUUUUUCACAUCUCACAGGAUAUUAUUUUACCAGCCUUUUUUCAAACACCGACCACACCAUUAGAACGCUCCCUUCAUCUUUUGGACGUACGGAGAGCACUUUCCUUUUACCUAAACAGAACCAAACCUUUUCAUUCUUCACCCAAACUAUUUCUCAAAUACCGUAAGGACACUAGAGGCUCCCCUGUAUCUCCACAACGACUCUCGGGAUGGGUGGUUGCCACCAUCCGUCUAGCCUACCAGAUGGCGGGGAAGGACCCCCCCAUGCAUAUCAAAGGGCAUUCUACACGAGCAGUGGCAACUUCGAUAGCCUUCAACCAUGGUGUCCCUUUGGAGGACAUAUGCAAAGCAGCAAUUUGGUCCACACCAUUAACAUUUGUUAAACACUACAAACUGGACAUUCUAUCGAAACGCCAUGCAGCCUUCGGACGAGCAGUCCUUUUUUCAGCGGUGGCAUGACACCCACCUGCCUCGGUGAGUAGCUUGUUAAUCUACCACAUGUGCGGUUUUCACAGAGACCACGUGAGAGAACAAAUAGUUGCUUACCUGUAACUGUGGUUCUCUGAGUGGUCAUCUGUGAAAUCCGCACAUCCCCGGCCUUCCUCCCCGCUGUUUGUCAUGCCUGGGGACUCUGCCGUUACACGGCGGAGGAACUGCGGCUAUGGCCACGCAAGCCAUAUAUAUACCCUCUGGGGAGGAGGGGCGGGGCCAUAGCCCUCUAAUUGAAAACAGCUGUUAAAGGUUCCGAACUAGCUGCACACGUGCAACUACCACAUGUGCGGAUUUCACAGAUGACCACUCAGAGAACCACAGUUACAGGUAAGCAACUAUUUGUUAUGUAGAUUCUUUCUCUACACCAUCCAGAUAACAAAACAUUGGUUGCUCUGAAAUUUCAUUUUGUAUUAUUAAUAUAAUUUUGUAGUAUUACCUGUUGUAAGUUGUUCCAAGUCCCUUCGAGAAGAGGGCGCAGGGUAUACAUAAAUUAUUUAUUUAUUGUUAAAGUAAAUGGUUUAAAUACUUUUGCAUUUACCUGCCAUAGUCUAUUUCACCUAUUACAGGAUAAGACUAAUUCCUUCAGUCCAUUAAAAUACUGGUACAAAAAUAUGCUACCUCAUUAAGACAUUGCACUGCUGUACACAAAGGCCUUACUAUUAGCCUACACCCACCAAAUCAAUGGGAUUUAUGUAGUAAGUAUCACAUAAUACAUUUAUGUAAUACAUUCAACAAUUGAGAAAAUAAGUU